UGUCCUCCACACUACUGCCUGCUUGCUACCUGCCUCCCACCACUGCCACCACCCCCAACCAUCUCAACUCCGUCUCACUCUCGAUCACUUGCCAGCCAUGGCCGUGAACGACACCAAGCUGGCCGACGCCGAGAACCCGGGCGCGAUGUGCCGCGGCGGCGGCGGCGGCAUCGACUCCGACUCCGACGUGGACUUCGCGGGCCGCGCCAACUGGCUGCGCGCGGCGGUGCUGGGCGCCAACGACGGGCUGGUGUCCACCGCGUCGCUGAUGCUGGGCGUGGGCGCGGUGAAGCACGAGGUGCGGGCCAUGGUGAUCUCCGGGUUCGCGGGCCUGCUGGCGGGGGUCUGCAGCAUGGCCAUCGGGGAGUUCGUGUCCGUCUGCUCCCAGCGCGACGUGGAGAUCGCGCAGCUCGACCGCGACGGCAAGCGCGGCGGCGACGAGGAGAGGGCGCUGCCCAGCCCCGUCCAGGCCGCGGCGGCCUCGGCCCUCGCCUUCUCCGUCGGCGCCCUCCUGCCGCUGCUGGCGGCGGGCUUCAUCGUCGGGUACAAGCUGCGGGUGGCCGUGGUGGUGGCCGUGGCGACGCUGGCGCUGGCGGCGUUCGGGGUCGUCGGCGCCGUGCUGGGGAGGGCGCCCGUGGUGAGGUCCUCCGCCCGGGUCGUCGUCGGCGGGCUGGCCGCCAUGGGGCUCACCUUCGGCCUCAUGCGGCUCUUCCGGGCCAGCGGCAUAUGACGUGCGAUCGGUGGACGAGGUUUUUUUGUUGCCGUCAUCGAUCGUCGUCUCGUCCAUGCUUUCCUCGUGAUCCUACCUACGUACGUGGUGCCAACGCCUUCUUCCCCGGCCGGCUGAUGGCCUGACGUCCGCGCAUGGAAUGUGCAUGCCCGGCCGUGCGUCUCUUCCCUAGUUAAUUCUCUGCUUCUCUCUCUCUCUCUCUCUCUCUCUCUCUCUCUCUCUCUCUCUCUCUCUCUCUCUCUCUCUCUCUCUCUCUCUCUCUCUCUCUCUCUCUCUCUCUCUCUCUCUCUCUCUCUCUCUCUCUACUGCUAUUACUAGUCUUUGCAUGCAUGCAUGCCAUGGCUGCCUGCUGCAUGCAUGCAGUCUAGCUCCAUCGGCUCUGCGAUGCAUGCUAUAGUAUUUUUACUUGCACCAUGUAACGUUACUAGUAGUGAUUGCCUGAUUGGGAGGUGGAAGAAGGUGACAAGGUUGUUGCAAGAAAGGCAAGCUAUAUAUAUAUAUAAGCUAAUUAAUUUGAAUUU